AUGGCCAAAGCCUGGUACUGCAGCAGAGACUGCCAGAAGGCCGACUACAAAGCCCACAAGCCCCGCUGUGCGCCUACAAUUCCAUACAACUGCUUCUUGAUCCGGGCUACACCUGCUUCUGAUGGCCAAUCUGAUGCAGCUUACAUUGAGCCAUUCCACCUCAAGUCGUAUGGAAACUGGGGCCUCGAAAUGAAGGAGCUCAAGGAAAGGCUUGGCUGGCCCCAAGCUGAUGAGGCUAGAAAAUUCUACACCCAAAAGGACAUCGAUACUUGGUACUACUAUAUGUAUCAAUCCUCCGCUCCGAAUCUCCCCAUGAACCAGCUUGCUAGUCAUUGCCUGGGACGGACCGUCAAGGGUGAUGUAGCUGUCGUCAAAUCGUCGCCGGAAGAUAUCGAUGAUUACGAAGAGUCUUUUACCAAAAUGGACUUAAUGAAGACCAUCGACUAUUACAAGACUGCAAACUCUCGGCAGGUGUUCCGGCAGCGAGAACAGUCGCGACUUUCGCGGAAAUUGGGGAUGCCGGCGGACUUCUUGAAAGAUGUUCCCCAAUUCAACUUCUAG